GGGUCCCCCGGUUGCUACAACAGACCCUGCACGCGGCGAGCGAGCGCCCACCGCGGGCGGGGGAGCCGGCCGGGGCCAGGUGGGGAGGGGUCGACGGACGCCGGCGCGGCCGGAUCCGGGCGGGGGGCGCGCGCGCGCGCCCUUUGGCGGAAAGAGGACCCCUCCCCCACCCUCGCCGGUCCAGCCGCCCGCGCCGGGCCGAGGGGAGGGACCGCCGCGCCACCCCUGCCGGGAGCCCCCGGCCCGGCGGCAGCGCGGGGCGGGGCCUCGGCGUCCCCACCCCCCAACCCGGACACCUGAGCGGCCGCGGCGGCCGCGGCUCCCGCGCUCGGGCCAGGCUGGGCGCGGCGCCGCUCGGGUCCCCGCGGCCGAGUCCGGUGCGCGCAGACGCCGGCCCUCCCCCGGGGGCUCCGACCCGUCCGGACUCGCCAAGCUGCCGCCUGGGCCAGCUCUGGAACUCUCUCCUGUCCCCGUACCUCGGCCCGCCCCAGUGGAGACGGUCCCUGUUCUGAGAAGCCCUUCUGUGGGGCCCAGCCUGCCAGCGCCUCCGGAGGCACCCAGCAGGGCCCAUGAGACAAACGCGCGCUGAGAGACCUUGCACCUGAUCGGCAGUGUUUUUCCGGUGUGAUGUUUUCCCGAAAGACACCAGCAGCCAUGCCGCGCAGCCCCACGUCCAGCGAGGACGAGAUGGCCCAGAGUUUCUCUGACUCCUCGGAGGACUCCGACUCGGACACCUCCAGGGAAGAGACCAUCUAUGACACCAUCCGGGCCACUGCGGAGAAGCCCGGCAGCAGCAGGACGGAGGAGAGCCAGGGCAACACGCUGGUCAUCCGCAUCCUCAUUGAGGACCUGCAGCAGACGAAGUGCAUUCGAUUUAACCCGGAUGCCACGGUGUGGGUUGCAAAGCAGCGGAUUCUGUGUUCGCUGAACCAGAGCCUGAAGGACAUUCUGAACUACGGGCUGUUCCAGCCGGCGAGCGACGGGCGCCACGGCAAGUUCCUGGAUGAGGAGCGGCUUCUGCGGGAGUACCCGCAGCCCACUGGCAAGGGCAUCCCCUCGCUGGAGUUUCGCUACAAGAAGCGGGUGUAUAAACAGUCCAACCUGGACGAGAAGCAGCUGGCCAAGCUGCACACCAAGACCAAUCUGAAAAAAUGCAUGGAUCACAUCCAGCAUCGGUCGGUGGAGAAGAUUGUCAAGAUGCUGGAACGCGGCCUGGACCCGAAUUUCCAUGACCUGGAGACUGGAGAGACUCCCCUGACCUUGGCCGCACAGCUGGACGACCCCGUGGAGGUGAUCAAAGCCCUCAGAAACGGCGGGGCCCACCUGGACUUCCGAGCCAAAGAUGGCAUGACAGCGCUGCACAAAGCCGCCCGAGCCAGGAACCUGAUGGCUCUGAAGACCCUCCUGGAGCUGGGAGCGUCCCCCGAUUACAAGGACAGUUACGGCCUGACGCCGCUGUAUCACACUGCUGUCGUCGGGGGCGACCCCUGCUGCUGUGAGCUGCUGCUCCACGAGCACGCGGCCGUGAGCUGCAAGGAUGAGAACGGCUGGCACGAGAUCCACCAGGCCUGCAGGUACGGUCACGUGCAGCACCUGGAGCACCUGCUCUUCUACGGGGCCGACAUGGGGGCCCAGAACGCCUCGGGGAACACCGCCCUGCACAUCUGCGCCCUCUACAACCAGGACAGCUGUGCCCGGGUGCUGCUCUUCCGGGGUGGAAAUAAGGAACUGAAGAACUACAACAGCCAGACCCCGUUUCAGGUGGCGAUCAUCGCGGGCAACUUCGAGCUGGCCGAGUACAUCAAGAACCACAAGGAGACCGACAUCGUGCCCUUCCGAGAGGCCCCGGCGUACUCCAACCGCAGACGGCGGCCCCCCAGCACGCUGGCCGCCCCCCGGGUCCUGCUGCGUUCCAACAGCGACAACAACCUCAACGCCAGCGUGCCCGACUGGGCCGUCUGCUCCGCCGCCACCUCCCACCGCAGCCUCUCGCCACAGCUGCUGCAGCAGGGGCCCAGCAAGCCCGAUGGCGUCCCCAAGACCGUCGGGAGCUACAUCCCCGGGCCCCGCAGCCGGUCCCCUUCACUCAACAGGCUGGGCGGUGCUGCCGGCGAGGACGGCAAGAGGCCCCAGCAGCCUUGGCUCGUCGGGCCCACUUUCCCGCUGGGUGCCAACAAGGACACGCUGUCUGCCUUUGAGUACCCGGGGCCCAGGCGGAAGCUGUACAGCGCCGUGCCCGGGAGGCUCUUCGUCGUCGUCAAGCCAUACCAACCCCAGGUCGACGGCGAGAUCCCCCUUCACCGUGGCGACAGGGUCAAAGUUCUGAGCAUCGGCGAGGGGGGCUUCUGGGAAGGCAGCGCCCGUGGCCACAUCGGGUGGUUCCCGGCUGAGUGCGUGGAGGAAGUCCAGUGCAAGCCCAAGGACAGCCAGGCAGAAACGCGUGUGGACCGCAGCAAGAAGCUCUUCCGGCACUACACGGUCGGCUCGUACGACAGCUUCGAGGCUUCCAGUGACUGCAUUAUCGAGGAGAAGACGGUGGUUCUGCAGAAGAAAGACAAUGAGGGCUUUGGAUUUGUGCUCCGAGGGGCGAAAGCGGAUACGCCCAUCGAAGAAUUCACGCCAACGCCGGCGUUCCCGGCCUUGCAGUACCUGGAGUCUGUGGAUGAAGGCGGGGUGGCCUGGCAAGCCGGACUAAGGACUGGGGACUUCUUGAUCGAGGUCAACAGUGAGAACGUGGUCAAGGUCGGCCACCGGCAGGUGGUGAACAUGAUCCGCCAGGGAGGGAAUCACCUGGUCCUCAAGGUGGUGACGGUCACCAGGAGCCUCGACCCGGACGACACAGCCAGGAAGAAAGCUCCCCCGCCUCCGAAGCGGGCUCCAACCACAGCCCUCACCCUGCGCUCCAAGUCCAUGACCUCAGAGCUGGAGGAGCUCGACAAACCCGACGAGGUCGUCCCCGCCCCCAAGCCGUCCCGAGCUGCCGAGGCCGUGGUGGCGGAGACCAGGGUGGCCACCAUCAAGCAGCGGCCCACCAGCCGGUGCUUCCCGUCCGUCUCCGACAUGAACUCUGUGUACGAGCGCCAGGGGAUCGCCGUGAUGACGCCCACCGUUCCUGGGAGCCCGAAAGGCCCGUUUCUGGGCCUCCCUCGAGGUACGAUGCGAAGGCAAAAGUCAAUAGGAAUAACGGAGGAAGAGCGACAGUUUCUGGCCCCCCCGAUGCUGAAGUUCACCAGGAGCCUGUCCAUGCCGGACACCUCGGAGGACAUCCCGCCCCCUCCGCAGGCGGUGCCCCCGUCUCCGCCCCCGCCCUCCCCCACCGCCUACAACUGCCCCAAGUCCCCGACUCCGCGAGUCUACGGGACCAUCAAGCCCGCGUUCAACCAGAACGCCGCCGCCAAGGUGUCCCCCGCGCCUCGCUCGGACACGGUGGCCACCAUGGUGAGGGAGAAGGGGCUGUACUACCGCAGGGAGCUGGACCGCUACUCCCUGGACUCCGAGGACCUCUACAGCCGCGCCGCCGCCGCCCAGGGCACCUUCCGCGGCAAGAGGGGCCAGAUGCCCGAAAACCCCUACUCCGAGGUGGGCAAGAUCGCCAGCAAGGCCGUGUACGUGCCCGCCAAGCCCGCCAGGCGCAAGGGCAUGCUGGUGAAGCAGUCCAACGUGGAGGACAGCCCCGAGAAGACGUGCGCCAUCGCCAUCCCCACCAUCAUCGUCAAGGAGCCCUCCACCAGCAGCAGCGGCAAGAGCAGCCAGGCCAGCAGCAUGGAGAUCGACCCCCAGGCCUCGGAGCAGCCGGGCCAGCUGCGGCCCGACGACAGCCUGACGGUCAGCAGCCCCUUCGCCGCCGCCAUCGCCGGCGCCGUCCGCGACCGGGAGAAGCGGCUGGAAGCCAGGAGGAACUCGCCGGCCUUCCUGUCCACAGACCUGGGCGACGAGGACGUGGGCCUGGGGCCGCCCGUCCCCCGGGCGCGGCCCUCCGCCUUCCCCGAGGAGGCCGAGUUCGGCGAGGAGGACGGCGCCGAGCCGCUCGCGUCCCCCACGCCAGCGGCGGCGCCCAGGGAGGCCGAGAACCACUUUGCGGGCGGUGGCGAGGCCGGGGCUCAGGGUGAGGCCGGCAGGCCCCUGAACCCCACAUCCAAAGCCAAGGGGCCCGAGGGCAGCCCUGCGGUGCCCCCCAAGAGCAGCAGCGCGGCCGGGCCCGAGAACUACGUGCACCCGCUCACAGGGAGGCUGCUGGACCCCAGCUCCCCGCUGGCCCUGGCGCUCUCCGCGAGGGACAGAGCCAUGAAGGAGGCCCAGCAGGGCCCCAGGGGGGAGGCCCCCAAGGCCGACCUCAACAAGCCUCUCUACAUCGAUACCAAAAUGCGGCCCUGCACGGAAGCAGGCUUCCCUCCGGUCACCAGGCAGAACACGCGGGGGCCCCUGAGGCGGCAGGAGACGGAGAACAAGUACGAGACCGACCGGAAGGACGACAAGAAGGGCACGCUCAUCAGCAUCGUGGACGCGUCCCAGCAGAAGUCGGCCGGGCUGCUGAUGGUCCACACCGUGGACGCGGCCAGGCCGGACGACUUCCUGGAGGAAGAGGACGAGAAGGCUGACGAGGAAACAGAGCCAGACCACUUGCCGUCCGAGGUGCCGGAAGGCGUCCCCGAAACCGAAGGUGCUUUACCGAUGCCCGCCGGCCCCGAGCCCGUGGCCACCGCGCCCAGCAGGACCGUCACGGCGGCGGGCUCCGUGGAGGAGGCGGCCAUCCUGCCGUUCCGGAUCCCCCCCCCGCCCCUGGCGUCCGUGGACCUGGACGAGGAUUUUAUCUUUACGGAGCCGCUGCCUCCUCCCCUGGAAUUUGCAAAUAGUUUUGAGAUCCCCGAUGACCGCGCCGCUCCUGUCCCCGUCCCCACAGACCUGGCCAAGCAGGAGAAAAACGACGCCUCCCAGUCCCCUUCGUUACCCUCCAGCCAGCCAGCCAACUCCGCAGACGCCAAGAAGCCAGCUGGUCUCUCGAACUGUCUGCCCGCCUUGUUCCUGCCACCGCCCGAGAGCUUUGACGCCGUCACGGACUCCGGGAUCGAGGAGGUGGACAGCCGGAGCAGCAGCGACCACCACCUCGAGACGACCAGCACCAUCUCCACGGUGUCCAGCAUCUCCACCCUGUCCUCGGAGGGCGGGGAGAACGCGGACACCUGCACGGUCUAUGCAGACGGGCAGGCUUUUAUGGUCGACAAGCCCCCAGUACCUCCGAAGCCAAAAAUGAAGCCCAUAGUCCACAAAGGCAACGCCCUUUUCCAGGACGCGCUGCUGGAGGAGGACGUGGGCAGCUUUGUGAUCCCCCCGCCCGCACCCCCCCCACCGCCGGGCGCUGUCCAGCCUGGGACGACCAAGGUCAUCCAGCCAAGGACCUCCAAGCUGUGGGGGGACGUCUCAGAGAUCAAAAGCCCCAUUCUCUCAGGCCCAAAGGCGAACGUGAUUAGCGAGUUGAACUCAAUCCUGCAGCAAAUGAACCGAGAGAAGUCAGCAAAGCCGGGGGCAGGACUGGACCUGCCGACGGGAACCAAGCCUGCCAGCCUCGCUCCGAGAGGCCCAGAGGUCGUGAGCAGCGUCUCAGGUUCGCGGAGCACGACCGUCACCUUCACCGUGCGCCCUGGGACCUCCCAGCCCAUCACCCUGCAGAGCCGGCCCCCAGACUAUGAGAGCAGGACCUCAGGAACGAGACGCGCCCCCAGCCCCGUGGUCUCGCCAACAGAGCUGAGCAAAGAGAUGCUGCCCGCCCCUCUGUCCGCGGCCGCCGCCUCGCCCUCUCCCACGCUCUCGGACGUCUUCGGCCUCCCCAGCCAGCCCCCCGCCGGGGACCUGUUUGGCUUGAACCCAGCGGGACGCAGCAGGUCGCCGUCCCCCUCGAUACUGCAACAGCCAGUCUCCAAUAAGCCUUUCACAACUAAGCCCGUCCACCUGUGGACCAAGCCAGACGUGGCGGACUGGCUGGAAAGCCUCAACCUGGGAGAGCACAAAGAGGCCUUCAUGGACAACGAGAUCGACGGCAGCCACCUGCCCAACCUUCAGAAGGAGGACCUCAUCGACCUGGGCGUGACGCGAGUCGGGCACAGGAUGAACAUAGAAAGGGCUCUGAAGCAGCUGCUGGACAGAUAAGGGUGGCUGCCCUUCACGUCCCAGACUUCUUGUUAUAAAUAGAGAUGGGCUUACGCUGAAAGGUCCGGAGGGCGCGCACCAACCCCAGCCCGCGGGCUUGUCUCCGGUCCCAGAGGAACGCGGUGUGUCCCUGACGUGGCUGCGCCAAGGCCCUGGCCCCCGGCUCCCUGUGGGGGGGGCCCCUCUGGGGCUGUUGCUGCGGGGGGGGGGGGGCUGUUGGAUCAGGAAGGAGCCGCGCGGCCGGCCUCCCCGAGGUCCCGUGGCUGCAGCGAGGGGCCCUCACCCCGCCGGCAGACACCACUGCGCCCUCCACACCUCCCUCGGCCCCUCUGCGGGCCGGCAGCCCUCGCACCCGGGCCUCUCGAGGGCACGCAGCGCUCGCGGGCUCUCUUUCCCGUACUUGGCUCGUGGCUAGAUGCCUGCAGACGUGUGUGCGUGUGUACGCGGCGCCCCUUCGGAAAGGCAGACAGACUUUCUUCCUCGGACCCUCCGCCCCUCGGCCUCCCACGGUCCCCUGGCCACGAGGUUCUUGGCAGUUGGGGGGUGUCCUGAAUGGGAUCGUGCCCAGCUUGGCUUGGCUUUCUUUCUUUCUGCAAAUCUAUUAGCAUAACUCCAAAGUGGCCGCACAGAUGCCACAUGGAGUGAGUCGAAGCACAAAGUCACGCUUCCCAGGGGAGGGAGAGCUGGCCCGGCGCUCAAGGGGCAGAGCGGCCGUCUGCCGGGAGCCUCCGUCCAGGACGGAGAGGAGGGGUUCCCUGCCGUGCGGAAUUUCCUCGCACAACGUGUGUUAAAUUCUGCAACCAUCAGAGCAGGCAGGCACCCACUUUGGCAUGCAGGACGAGACACGAGGUGGGCAUGUGCCACCAGGUGGGACAGGACCCGCUCUCUCUGGUGGGAGCUGGGGGAGCGGGGGGGGGGGGGUCUCAGCUCUGAGCCCAGCCAAGGGGAAGCAGCUGUGCCAAGAAAGCCCUUUUGUCCUCGGAGGCCAGGGGAGCCGGGACCGAGGGCUUCUUCCCUCCCCCUCUGAGUGUCAGGAAUCCCACCAGCUUGUCUUAACAGCACAGGGCUUGCGGGGAACCCGGUGGGUGCAGGUAGACAGGUCCCAGGGUCAAGCACAGGAGGUGGGCUGUGGGGCCAGGGUGUGACACAGAUGAACCACGACAGGAAAGGGCAGGGGGACCCGGGACUGCCAGGCUCGCCUCUCCGGUGGCGGCGGCGGCGAGGCUCCCUUGGGCCUCUGCCCCGCUCUCUCCCCCGGAGCCCCCUCCCCUGUAACAAUACCUCUAGUUCCCCAGGGAGGUGGACGACUGCGUGCAGAACAGCCAGCCAGGCAGGCACAGGCGUGUGGAAGAGACACAAACGUCAGGUUUUUGGCUUUUAUUAUGAUUUCAGAACUAGCCUAGCCCAUCUCUAAUUAUAAAAACGUGAUUUUUUUUUUCCUUUUCUUUAUGCUCAAAAUCAAGUGUCUGAUUAGGUCUGGAACAGCUCUAGAAUGAACGCAUAAAAUUUAGCAAUUGAAAAUCUUUCUUUACUGCAAGUUUAAAUAGUUGUACAGAUAGUUUAUAAGCACAAUAUUUUAAGAAAAAAAAAGUGGCUGGUCUACUAGGCAGCCUUUGUGCCACUUCAGUGCUAGAAAGUUAAAGAAAAAAAAAACUUUUGUGAUUUAAUGAUACUAUUUCUGUGGAAUAAUUAUGAAAGUAUGACCUUUUUAAAUCAAACUUAUUUGGAUGCAUCGGAACCAGCAGAGCUGUGUUAUAUUUUCUAUCUUUGCUAGAACUUCGUCAUUGAAGGACAAUUAUUUCUUCAAAAGUGGUUGUAACUCACAAUGCAGCAGUUUCUCCAAACACACACGCACACGCCACAUGGUUUUUCCAGCCCCUCAACUGGAAACGGCGUUUUGGACCCUGUGUUCCAAAACCCUCCGCAGGUCAAUCUUUCCAUUUGAACAGUCCGUUCCAACUUGAAAUCAGUUGAAUACUAAGGCACUUUACUUCCUCACGUACUUUCAAUUUUUCCAUCACGAGCUGAACAAGCAUCACCCUAGAGGAAUUUCUAGCCAGGAUACUGCAGGGCAGCCUGCUGAGCAGCCCAGUAUUUCCGAAAAGUUAAAACUGGUCGUGUGGCCACUAUCCGUCUUCCAUUUGGUGAUUUUUGCCAAAUCCAGUGAGUCCUCCACUUGGCCGCGGUUUUUUUCUCCCCUGCCUACUGUUAGGGUUACCCCUCUGCCAGGGGCCAGGCAGAAGGCUAGACAGAACGAGAGGAAAGGAAGCGUGGGGAGCCUGGCACCAACGGCAACUUAGGGGCGUCAGGGUCCCUGAACGCUGGUAGUCAGAAGGCGAGAGCUGGCCCUUCUUCCCUUUCUUAAAUAGAGACUUCGAGUCCUGUGCACCUGACCCAGGCGAGAGAGCUGGUGGCACCGUUUAUUUUCUGUCUUACUACAGAAGUCACAGGACCUCCCAGAACCUGCACUGACGCGAGCAUAAACACGUUGCCAAGACGCCUCAGGCUCUAGCUCUAGUCGACGGUUUUGCCACAGAAAGCAAUAGUUCCUCUUUGAAAUUGCCGCCCACUGCCCCUCCCCCCCAGCCCCUUGGGACGGGUCAGGACCAGGCCCCACCUACUCCACACCCCUCUUCACCCCUGAAACCGAUGUUCAACUGCUCACAUAAAGAUUCUGUUAGUACUCUCCCAGGUUUUAAGAAGAUCACCUUUUGUUAUAUGCUGUGGUUUAAAUAAACUGCAUUUACAUGCCUACUUUCUGUAACAUUGUGUAUACAAAGCGAAAACUGCUCCGGAUAUCAACUAUGAACACCUGCCGAGACACGACACCUUCUCCAGGGCGUCGGGGCGCAUUUUAGGUUCAUCCGUACAAUACAAAAAUGCCUCCGUGUGACUGUUGAUUUGCUGAACUUCACAAAGUGAAUUGUCUGUGGUACUUUAGUUAAUAAAAUGGUGAUUUUUUUCUGAGUUACUGAACAAGCAGGCAUUACCCAGGGUGAUCUGGCAAAUGACCUUUUGUGUGUGUGGGCCACAAAUACUGAUUUUUUUUUCCCAUGAACAAAUUUUCUGUUUUUUUCGAAACUAAUAUGUCUUCACACUAUAGUUUGUGUAACACUGUUCACAUUAUGUUUCUGUUACUUUUGUGCUUUUAUUCUUUUCAGACCUUAUUAAAAACAAACAAACAAACAAAACGAGCUCCUGUAAUUGCACUUUCUCCCAAUCCUUAAAUCUCUUGUAUGGCAACCAAAAUUACUAUUAAAAAAAUAAAUAUACGAUUGCACUAAGGUUGUGGUUCUGAUUGCAAACAGUGAAAACUGUCUGAGUGAGACAGAGCUGCAAGCUUACAACCGAGUGUAGGUUAGCCGAACAUCGCAGCCACCGGACCGCUGUGAAACCCACCAGGCCCCGUCCUCCCUGGAAGAGGCAAAGUGCUCCUUGCCGAGAGCGGACCUGCCCUGCUUCCACCGACGUCCCCUCCGUGCGCAGAUGGAACCGUGUGUCACGUCAGAGCCCUGUGAACCCUCACCGCGGACGCCGGCGGACCCUGCGGGGCGAGGGGAGCCGAGGCCUGGGCCCCCCUCCCCCGCCCGGGAUGGAAGCGGAGGCGCCGAGGGGAACGAGCCAGCCUCCGGCCCCCAGCCCCCUCCUCAGGGCAGAGGCUCCCCGCUGCCACGGC